CUACUCGAAAGUGUCUCUUUGGUGAUCUGGAUAUGUAUUUACAGUUUUUGUUCAAUAUUUUAAAAAUAUAAACUGACGAGGGCGCAGGGCAGAUAAACUAAAUAUUAUUAUUUAUAUUACGAUAGGAGAUAAUUUAGCUAGAAUUUGAGUAAACAUCAUGAAUGUACGCGUGAUCUAUAUUAUUAUAAUAACAAUUACAAACAUAAUCAGCUGUUUUGUUAAUUGUACCAUACAUCAUAAUUUAAAGUAUUUUGAAACAAUACAUGCAUCGAAUUUGAAACAUCAUGUUGUGAAACGUGGAAUCAAGCAAUCUUCUCAUCCUUUUAACAAAAUUAAGGAACUGAAUUUUCAUACACUUGGCAAAGAUUUUAAACUGAUAUUGCAUCCACAUACAAAUGUGCUUCAUUCAAACUUUAAAGCAUAUUCUGUGGACGGUGAUGGGAAUAAAACAAUUGUUCAUAUUGAUCAAGAAAAUUUCUACACAGGAAGAGUAUUUGGUGAAAGUUUGUCAGAUGUUAAAAUGCAUAUUGAUAAUGGAGUUAUAACUGGCAUAAUACAUACACCAGAUGAAACAUAUCACAUUGAACCUUCUUGGCGUCAUCUACCUCAUUCGGAUGAUAAGACAAUGAUAACAUACAGAUCAUCUGAUAUUCGGUACAGUUGGUCUGGUUCAAAAUCAGAUAAACCUCGUGUAUGUGGAUAUGUGAAGGAAGGAAAAGAAUUGGAGGAGGCUGGAGAUGAAGAAGGUGAAGAUUUGGAGACCAUACAAGAACAGUCUGAAAAAGAUAAAUAUUUGGAUCAAACAGUAAACACUGACCAACCAUUAUCCACACAAGAUUCAAGCAAUGUUAAAGCAAACACUAGAAGUGGGAAGAGAGUUAAAAGACAAAGUGAUUAUGAAUACACACCCACUAAAACCAGGUGCCCCCUACUUUUGGUUGCCGACUAUAGAUUUUUUCAAGAAAUGGGGGCAAGUAACACCAAGACUACAAUAAGCUAUUUGAUAAGCUUAAUAGAUCGGGUUCACAAGAUCUACAACGACACAGUGUGGCAAGAUAGGCAGGAUAUGGACGGCUUCAAAGGCAUGGGGUUUGUGAUAAAGAAGAUAUUGGUACAUUCGGAGCCUACCCGCGUGCGAGGUGGCGAGGCGCAUUAUAACAUGGUGAGGGAAAAGUGGGAUGUUCGAAAUUUACUGGAGGUUUUUAGUCGCGAAUAUUCUCACAAGGACUUCUGCUUAGCCCAUCUGUUUACGGAUUUGAAAUUUGAGGGAGGGAUAUUGGGUUUAGCUUACGUUGGCUCGCCUAGGAGGAAUUCAGUCGGUGGGAUUUGCACCCCAGAAUACUUCAAGAAUGGUUACACGUUGUACCUGAACUCUGGGUUGAGCUCGUCGCGGAACCACUACGGGCAGAGGGUGAUCACGCGCGAAGCCGACCUGGUGACGGCUCACGAGUUCGGCCACAACUGGGGGUCGGAGCACGACCCGGACGUAGCCGAGUGCUCGCCCGCCGCCAGCCACGGCGGCUCUUACCUCAUGUACACCUACAGUGUCAGCGGCUACGACCUCAACAACAAGAGAUUUUCCCCGUGCAGCCUGCGCUCGAUCAGGAAGGUGUUGCAAGCGAAGUCGGGGCGGUGCUUCUCGGAGCCGGAGGAAAGCUUCUGCGGCAACCUGCGGGUCGAGGGCGGCGAGGAAUGUGAUGCGGGACUGUUAGGUACCGAGGACAACGACAUGUGCUGUGAUAAGAAUUGUAAGUUAAGGAAGAAUCAGGGAGCAGUGUGCAGCGACAAGAACUCUCCGUGUUGCGCGGGCUGUGUGUUCGCUCCACCGGGCGUGGUUUGUCGCGAGGCCGCACACUCGGCCUGCGAGGGCGAGGCCACCUGCAACGGGGCCACCGCCGACUGUCCCAAGGCACCCGCGAUAGCAGACGAGCACGAGUGCGCGGAGAGGGGAAGGUGCCGUAACGGGUCGUGCGUGCCAUACUGCGAGACACAGGGCAUGCACAGCUGCAUGUGUGACGUCGUCGCGGACGCCUGCAAGCGUUGUUGUCGCAAGAGUCUCAACAAGACGUGUUUCCCGGUCGCUCACAACGACAUCCUGCCGGACGGCACGCCCUGCAUACAGGGCUUCUGUAAUAAGGGCGUGUGCGAGAAGACGAUCCAGGACGUAGUGGAGCGGUUCUGGGACAUAAUCGAGGACAUCAACAUUAACAACGUGUUGGGCUUCCUGCGGGACAACAUCGUGGGAGUGGUGGUACUGGCCACCGCCUUCCUCUGGAUCCCGGCCAGCUGUGUGAUAAGUUACGUGGAUCGUCGUCGGCAGCGCCUGCACCAGAAGUACGCCGAGUGGGAGCGACACCACGACCUGGUACACCCCUCCUCGCCCAGGAAGAUCAUACACACUAGAUUACCAAAGCAAAAGCCAAGCAUAAAAACAGUGAUACAAGGAAGCAGUCAGCUAUAACAUCAGACAGUAUUUAUUUUAAGUUACCGUUUCUGUUAAUUUGUAAUAGAAUAAGUAUAACCAAAGUGUGUGUAGGGUGAAAUAAAUAAAAAAACCAAUAUAUUU